AAACUUCAACUCUACUUCUGUUGACAAUGCAAUCUCUCUUUUAGAGCUCCGUCCAAUCUCAAGGUUUGUUGCAAUUGAUCCCCAUCCAUGGCGGCUGCGCUGCGAUUAGGUUCUGGGAUCGGAGCCAGGAGGAGCUUGCCCUUUGUCCAUGGUCUUUGCUUCUCCUCCUCCUCCUCUUCUUCUUCUUCUUCUAGGGUUUCGUUUUGCCAUGUGUUAGGGCGCGAUCGAAGAGGCCUCAAUGGCCCAAAGUUUGCAGCUUAUAUGUGUGUUAAUGGAAGUAGUCCUAAAGUUACUGGUUUUGAGGCCAAUAAUACUGCUAUGAAACAUAGAGAUGAAGAUGGAGCAGAGGUGGGGAUCAAUGAGAUUCCAAAGCCUUAUCAAGGUUUUGAGCCAGCUGAUGAAAAAUCAGACAAGGAUGCAUAUGCUGAGAGUUUUGUUCAAAGGAAAAGAAGUGCAAAGCUCCAUGAUUUUUGCUUGGGCAUCCCUUUUGGUGGGAUUGUAUUUGGAGCUGGGCUUAUUGGGUCUCUUUUCUCCAGGAGUCUCUCUCCUUUAGUGGCAGGCACUCUUUUUGGGGGUGCUAUAUUAGUCCUAAGUACCUGCAGCCUCAAGAUCUGGCGACAAGGGAAAUCCAGCCUACCUUUUAUUCUCGGCCAAGCCGCCAUUGCUGCCGCAUUCCUUAGGAAGCAUUAUCAGGUGUACUCCCUGACAAAGAAUGCAUUUCCUUCAGGAUUUUUUAUUCUUAUGAGUGCUGCAAUGCUUUGCUUCUAUUCAUAUGUACUGAUCGCUGGAGGAAAUCCACCCCCAAAAAAGUUGGCUGCAAAUGCUUCAACAUAGCUGAGAAAAAGGCCAUGCAAUUCAUGUUUCAUUCUGAUUUUCUUCAAGCUUGAGGCUCUAUCACGUUUUGAUAUUUAAUUUAAUCACAGGACAGAGAUAAAUAUUUGUUUCUCAAA